AUGGCUUCGGAGAAGAAGCUAUCGAAUCCAAUGAGAGAAAUCAAAGUACAGAAACUCGUUCUCAAUAUCUCCGUCGGUGAAAGUGGGGAUCGUUUAACCAGAGCCGCUAAGGUUCUUGAACAACUUAGUGGCCAAACCCCUGUUUUCUCCAAAGCUAGGUACACCGUUCGAUCCUUCGGCAUUAGGAGGAAUGAAAAGAUUGCAUGCUAUGUCACUGUUAGAGGUGACAAGGCAAUGCAGCUUUUAGAAAGCGGAUUGAAGGUCAAGGAAUACGAGUUAUUGAGGAGAAACUUCAGUGAUACUGGUUGUUUUGGCUUUGGUAUCCAGGAACACAUCGAUUUGGGAAUCAAGUAUGAUCCAUCCACUGGCAUUUAUGGAAUGGAUUUCUUUGUGGUGUUGGAGCGCCCUGGUUACCGCGUGGGACGUCGUCGCCGGUGCAAGGCACGCGUUGGAAUCCAGCACCGUGUUACAAAGGAUGAUGCCAUGAAGUGGUUCCAGGUUAAAUAUGAAGGUGUUAUCCUAAACAAAUCCCAGGCAAUUUAG